GACAACCAAGGACUGUAUGUAUAACUAAAUGAAGGGGGAGGAGGAAGUUAUUAAAGCCCUGCUGAGAGCGGCGCGGUAGCAGCAAAAGCAAAGGAAGAAAGGGGGGGGAGCAGCCCCCUAUGCGCGAAGGAAAAAGGUCACUCUGCCUGGGAAUCUCUUGGGACCUGCCAAGCACUUUCUUAAUUCUCUCAAUUGCACAAAGUGUCGAAAGCAUUACCUCCAAUGAACUGCAUCAGUUUCUGUAUGUGAGAAAACUCUUGAACAGUGAAUCAUGUUCCUGUAUAUCCUGGUGCAAACAGGAAUCGGCUGUCCAGUAUGAUACCAAAACACAAAACUUUAAAGCGAACAGCAUCUGUCUCCAUACAAUUGCGAUUACCGCAUUCUCUGGGUUGCUGCUGGCUUAGAUAGUUUCUUUGUACUGUAUCAGUAAAAGUGAUCCAUAAUGCCUCUCAACGAUGAGCAGAACAGCGACUGUGAUUCUUCACGAUUCUCCGAAAGUGCAGCUUCUUCUUCCAGCGACUCCGAAUACUCAAGGCAGAGUUUCACCAGUGACUCUUCAAGCAAGCCUGGCUCCCCAGCGUCAACAAGCCCUCCCAAAGUGGUCACAUUUGAUGAAAUGAUGGCAGCAGCAAGAAAUUUGUCAAACUUGACUCUGGCUCAUGAAAUUGCUGUAAAUGAAAACUUUCACUUGGAGCAGAUUGAGCAUCCACAGAACAGAAGAGUGAAACAAAUUGUACACAAAGCAUUCUGGGAUCGUUUGGAGGAAGACUUGAAUGAAGAUCCUCCCGAAUAUGAACAUGCUAUCAAACUGUUUGAAGAAAUUAAAGAGAUUCUUCUUUCUUUCCUGAACCCUGGGUCUAACAGGAUGCGGAGCCAAAUCUGUGAAGUCCUUGAUGCAGACCUCAUAAGGCAGCAGGCCGAGCAUGACGCGGUUGACAUCCAGGGCCUCGCAAACUAUGUCAUUAGCACCAUGGGGAAAUUGUGUGCUCCAAUAAGGGAUAAUGAAGUCAGCCAGUUAAAGGCUACUGGGAAUAUUGUCGUAUUGUUGAGGCAAAUAUUCCAUGUUCUGGAUCUCAUGACAAUGGAUAUGGUUAACUAUACUAUACGGAGCCUUCGACCCCAUCUUCAGCGUAACUUGGUGGAUUACGAGAGAGCUAAAUUCCAAGACAUACUUGAAGAAACACCAAGUGCCCUGGACUUGACAACAGAAUGGAUAAAGGAAUCUAUACAGGAUGAAUUAUCUUCUCUUUCCCGUGAAGCAUCUUCAUGUGCUGGUGCUGAUGGGAUCUCUAAAACAAAUCUGAGUCCUACUUUGGUGCUGACAAACAGCUACUUGAAACUAUUGCGGUGGGAUUAUCAGAAAAAACCUAUUCCUGAGACGUUAGUGACAGAUGAAGGUCGUCUUCAGGAGCUAUCGGAGAAGCUGAAUCAGUUGAAGAUUAUAGCGUGCAUCUGUCUCAUAACAAGCAACAUGGUGGCUGCGGCUAUUGAGGGCAUUCCCGAUUUUGUAGAAAAACAAAAGCGGAUUUCAUUUGUGCUGCUUGAAGGGAUGAAUAAGAAGACUUUUGAUUUGAGAGAAGCUCUUAAUGCAAUAGGUGUUCAGACAUGUAGUGAAAUAAGUGAGUCGCUGGCUGCGAGGGGCUUCCCACUGCUAAAUAAGGAAGUUCAAGCCAAUUUAGUGGGGCAGCUCUGCAAUGUUGUCGAGGAAGAAAAUCCUAUCAACUCCUUAAUUGAUAAACGAAUUCAUUUGUACUUGAGAAGUUUGCUUGCUUCUCCAGGCUUUCAAAAGUCUAUGCCUACAAUUCCAGGAGGCCUUGCUGUGAUUCAGACUGAGAUAGAGACCAUUGGAUCUCAGUAUGCCAACAUUGUUAACCUUAAUAAACAGGUGUAUGGACCAUUCUAUGCAAAUAUUUUUAGAAAAUUGCUAUUCUGUGAAACAAACAAAGCGGAACCUGAACCUUCUACUAACUGAAAUAUUUCAGCCUUCUUUGUUCCUUCCUCUUCACGGUGUUUAUAUUACUAUUUUUAUUCUUCUCGACACAUACAACUUGCAACAAUGAUUGUUAAUGAAAUAAAUGUGUAUGUCUAAGUGGACUAGACCAUAGUAGUUAUAUUUAAAUAAAGGUUACCCAGAAUCACUGCAAAAUUACUAAACUAAAAAAUGUUUGAAAGGAUUAAUUCUGUUUACAAUGUCGGAUUGUAACAUUUAUUGCAGUUGUUUACUUUAAAUGUACUCUCCUAUACAAGCAUUUCUGUCCUAGAGGAUAAAUACUUGCCGAUUUAGCCACUCAUAUGUCUCUUUCAGAUGUUUAACAACGUGCUUAUUCCAGUGCUUUCAGAGCAGUAACACUGAAAUUAGUAGUUCAGACUUCAUCUGGAUUAAAUAUUAAUCUUUUACCCCCAAUCUUUGCUCUUACUUUGCUCCUAUUUUCAUUCUUCCAUAUCUCUCCUUUGCUUCUGUGCUGGCAGCUGGGACAGUGGGAGGAUGGCUCUCUUCAAAUUUCUCUUGGAUUGCUGCCAUUUUCCAACCCCUGGUUCAUGACUAAUCUGGCAGUCUUGAUAGAAGCCCAGUUCCAAACUAUUUAGAUGUAAAGUACCAUGUAGCCCCAUGACACCUGGAAGAAUAUUAACUGAAUAAUUUUUAUGUAAGUUGCAGGAACAUUUUGGUGUAGUAGAGUGCUUGAGAGCCUGCAAUAUUAUAUGCAAACUAUUUCUUUUUUGCAAAUCUCAACCUGUUACAGAAAGACUUCAGUACGUUGGUUAUAUAAUCCUUCCUUUCAUGCCAGAAGGGAUCAUGACUUGAAGAAACUGACUUCUAGGAAGUACAAUUUACAAUCUAGUUCACUGUGAUCCAUUGGAAUAAAACUUCAGCGAGUAUGUCUUUCAAUACUCCCUGUUGAUAUUUUAUAUACCUACAGUGUAUUUUUGGUGAGAAUUAAUCUUUAUUCACAUUUGCCAUAUAAUGCUUCUGAUGUGUCGUGUCACAGAGGAUCUUGAUAUAAAAAGCAUUGUGGUUUUUAUAGGCAAAUUUGGAUUUCUAAAAAACAGGACCGCAUACAAUCUGUUUUUAAAAAAGAAAUCUCUAUGAAGUAUAUAAUUCUGGGUUAGCUCAAACUAAGGUUGACUUCCUGUUUGGGAUGGAGAAAGGCAGAAUUAUUUCCUUUCUUCCUACGAGCUUUGAUUUCCCUGUGGGAUUAAGCAAAAGGACAAAAUUCUGUGGCAAACACUUAUUCAGUCAUCACUUAGUUUAAUGAAUCCAAUGGUGCUAUUGACAGCCAUAUUUGGCUCUACAAACUACUCUCUCAAACCACACAAUUGUUUUAAAGCUGCCUUUGGAAGAUAGUGUUCCUUGCCUUGUUCUUGCCUUCCUGGUGCCCUCCAGUUCCCAUCAUCCCUGGCCACUGGCCAUGCUGCUGGGGCUGCGGUGAGUUGGAGGCCAACAACAUCUGGAGGGUACCAUGUUGAGGAAGGCUGCCCUUAGACUUCAUGUCCAAUUAUAAGGAAUAUGAAUAUAUUUUUCACUUGUCUAGAUAGUUAAGCUGACUUUGAGAAACUGCAUCGUAGGAGCUAUUGCAAUAUAAUGCAUGCACUAAUGAAAUUAGGAAUAGAACCGUAAGAUUUUCGACAACAUAAUCAACUUGUAUCACAAAGCAUCCAAAAUUCUGAUGGGGGAACUGUAUACUUAAAUUUGAAAGGAAAAACUAUUAAAUAGUCUAAAAAAAAUAAGUUGGAUCUAGAUAUGGCUAGGUUAUGUUAUAAAAAUCCACAAGAAACCUUAUUGUAAUCAUUUUGUUUUGGUAUAUAUUUGCUUUUUUUCUGUUUUCUCAAACACUUUACAUUUGCAGGAAAUCAAGUGGAGCCACACUACUUCCACUAGAUUCUAAUUAACCUGGGAAACAAUAAUAUUAUGGGAGUAAGCGUGGGAUAUACAUUUCAUAAAUAAAUAUAUAUUAGAAAACAUUCAUGCAGAGGAUUAAGAGAAAAAACUUUGUUUUGUAAUUUUAUAAAUGACUUGAAAGGGGCAUUUUAUAUAGCAUGGUAUGUCCAUUCAACAAUUUUUGAAUGUUUCAUAACUGAUGUUCAUAGACUUUUGGAUGUUGAAAUUAAUCAAUGGAGUUAACUUGUUCCUCUUGCAUGCUGUUUGCUGAAAUAAUCCAAAUAUGUUUACUUGCAUUAGCUUACUGAGAGCAAGAUAUAUGUAACUGGUUUGUUAGGUUUUUUGUGUGUAAAUAUUUGAUAUUCAUUAAAUUCUGCUUGAGAUUUUAAAAAAA